UGAUCUGGUUUUCGGCAGAGCAUCCAUCUCUAUCGUUUUUGCUCUCAGAAAGCAUUCGACUUUCUCGGUUUUGGAGAGUGUUGUUUUUCUUUUGAGUUCAGUGUUUGAGAUGGGUCUCCUUAUAUCAAAGACGUCUGCAAAUCUUCUCUUGUUUUCCUUCUUUUCUCACAAGAGAAUUCCCUUUGAUUCUGAGCAAUUCGAGAUAACGGUCUCCCGCACAGGGAGGCUUUUCCAGCGCUACAACAGUAAAGGCUAUCGCCAAGUUGUAGGAUGCAUUCCAUACAGAUACAGGAAAACAAACCAAUCUUCUUCCGUUGAGGAUAUAGAGGUUCUUGUGGUUAGUUCACAGAAGAGUCAAGCAAUGAUGUUCCCAAAGGGAGGUUGGGAAGAGGACGAGUCUAAGGAAGUUGCAGCGAGGCGUGAGACGUUAGAGGAAGCUGGUGUCGAUGGCAAAGUCCAAAAAAUGCUGGGCAAGUGGAACUAUAAGAGCAAAAGACAUGGCAAAAUGCAUGAGGGCUACAUGUUCCCCUUGCUUGUCACGAAGCAGCUAGACAUUUGGCCAGAGAAAAAUCUCAGGGAAAGAAGAUGGAUGUCUGUGAAGGAAGCCAGGGAAGUAUGUCAACAAGGGUGGAUGAAGGAAGCUUUAGAUAGAUUAGUUAGUCGACAAUCGACAAUCGCAACCUAAGCGGAAAGAGGAAGAUGAUGAAACUACUCGUACAUAGAACACUGACUCUGGCCAAUUGCCUGUUUUCUCAAUGACCAGACCAAGAACUUAUGGGACCAAAACAUAUGACCAAGCAGCACCAAAAUAUGAUUUUUGAACAUAUGGGUUGGAGACUUGUAUUGUUUCCCUUACAAAUUCUUGGCCUUCAUCUUUGAGUUUCGAGUUCAUUCGCAGUUAAAACGAGAGACUGAAAGUCUGCAGGAUGUAGUUGAGGGUUUAGCAUCAGGAAUCUUGCAGAUGUAAAUAUGUUUUGAUUCAUUCUUUUAAUACAAUAGCUUUGAUUCUUUCUUGUAUG